UAGAAUCAAUGGCAGAGCAGAGGGAAAGACGAUAAAUAGCAAAACCCUAGGCUCAGUCGAACGCUUGUGUUGUACGGAACCACCAAGAAGUUUCCCUUUUCUCUCCAUUAAUCUUCUUCUUCUUUUUCAAACUUGUCUAGCUCUUCAUUUUCCUGCUACAGUAAGGAGGGAAACUAUGGUUGAAGAUGACUUGGGGAUUGCUGGUUUGGGGAGAAGACAGAAUAUCCGAAAAUCUAUGGAGAAACUCAAAGACGAUGCUUCGGGAGUAAUAAUAUGCGUCCGUCAAUUGAAAGGUUUACUCAACCAUUUUGGCAUGGUUGAAGCCAACGUUGAGAAGAGGUCCCAGGAGCUAGACAUUAAGGAGAAGGAGCUGCAAAUUUUGAGCUCAGAGCUUGAGAAAAAGAGUCAAACUUUUGAGGCAGAAAAGUCCAACGCUGGUGAUUUGAAGAAAUUAGCGGAAGAGUGUACACAAGAACUGAGGUUAAAGAGGAAUGAACUGACUGUAAAGCUGGAGUCAUUGGUCAGGAUUCACAGUGAGCUUGAGUCAAAGAAUAAACAAUUGGGACAGGUUAUGGCUGAGCUAAAGAGGCGUUGUAAUGAGGCUCGUAGUGUUCAAGAGCGUAAGAGAGAAAUGGAAGCAGAAACAGAAAGAAAGAAGAAAGAGUUGAAGCUGAUUGUUAACCAGAUCGAAGAAUCUGGAAAACUGCUUGAGAAGAGGUCGAGGGAAGUAGAGUUGAAGGAGAAAGACAUUGAAGAGAAAGGGAAAGAACUUGAUUUGGUCAAGAGUCAAGUCAAAUCAUGGGAAAAGAAACUCAUUCAGCUUAAGAAAUUGGCCGAUAAUGAUUGUACAACCGAAUUAAGUCCAAGGAAAGAUCAAGCGGGUUCUUUGAACAGCGCUCAUGUGGAAGUCGAGCUGAAGACAAAAACCGUGAUUGUGAAGCACACUGGUGUAGAGGAGGACAAUCUUGGUUUAACAUCGGCGCCAGUCAAUGUUGGUAUGCCAUCGGUAUCUGAUGUUAAGUCCAGGUACGAUGAGCCAAAGCAUCCCCCAGUGUUGUUCACAUACCAGAGGAAAGAAACGCUGAAAGACUCUUGAGGAAACUGAAGAGAAGCUUACACUAGAAAAGGAGAGAGAUUACUAAUUAAGUGAGCUUCUAUUUUGGAUUAACUCUAGAAAUUAGCAAGUAUGAGAGUAACCCUAGUGAUAGGACUGGUCUCUUAAUUAGGGCCAACAACUAGUAAGUAACAAAUAGAGAGUGUUGUUGACUCUUUAUUUCGGUUCUUCUCUGUGGUUUUCGAACCUUUGAUUGUUUCAACCCAAAUAUAAC